GGGCUCUAAACUAAAGGCGCGCGAGAAUUUGAACGAAAGCAAAAUUUGUUUCUGCUAACUCGGCAACCGAAAUCUGAAGCAGAGUGUGUCCUUCCUCGCUUUCGCACUGGCUGCUCUGCCCAGCCUCAUUGCUCUUUCUAAUGGCAAGAGUUAAGCAUGCGCCAGCUUCCCGCACGAGAGGUAGGAGGGCCGCAUCAUCACCACAAUCGUAUUCUGAAGCCAGCGACAAGAAGAGCGGAGAGGAGUGAAGAGCAACCACAGACAUCACAAAGUCAGAGGCCGAGGAAAAAACAUCGCUAUAGACCAGGAACAGUGGCUCUUCGUGAAAUUCGUCACUAUCAGAGGAGUGUCAACCUUCUAAUCCCAGCUCUCCCUUUUAUAAGAUGUGUGAAGGAAAUUACAUUCCAGUUAUCUACCCAGAUCAGUCGAUGGACACCUGAAGCCUUAUUAGCUCUUCAAGAGGCAGCUGAAGCUUAUCUGGUUCAUUUGUUUGAGGAUGGAAUGCUGUGCGCUAUUCAUGCAAAGCGUGUUACACUUAUGAAAAAGGAUUUUGAGCUGGCUCGUAGGCUUGGAGGAAUAGGAAGGCCUUGGUGAGAAUGAAAUCGCCUGGAACACUUGCUGUUUCAGUUGUAUUGUGCGUGCUUGAUUGCUCGGAAACCUAGCAUGUUGGCUAGCAAUUAUUAUUUGACAGAAAAUAACUUAUGUAAUAUGAAUAUUAGGAGGUAGAAAUUAGGUUGUCUCUCUAUUAUAAUUAGUACAGUAGUAACAUAGUUUGCAUGUAAAACCAUGUAUCAUCAAAUUCCGACACUCUGUAAUUGUCUAAUGAAUCAUGAUGACCAAGGAUUUUGAAAAGAAAAAAAUGAAAAGUUCAGAUUUUUGAUUUGUUAA